UUCUUGGCAGGUGGAAUUUUUCUAGGUACCGUUGCUACAGCCGGAAUGAUAGCAGGUUUUGGCACCACACUUGCCAUGACAAAAAAGAAGAACCCAGACUGGUUCAGUAAGGGGAUUACUGCUACAGCUGCACUACCAGAGAGUGGUUCGUCACUGGCCUUACGAGCCCUAGGAUGGGGCUCACUCUAUGCAUGGUGUGGAGUAGGAUUGCUAAGUUUUGCCAUCUGGAAGGCUCUGGGUGUGCACAGU